UGUCUUUCCAAUAAGAUGAAAUAGUGAUCACUGAUCACCCAACAAAUCCAAAAGGCAUCUUAUUCCUUUAUCUAUCACCAAAUUCCUUGUAAUCAAGCAAAGCAUCUAUACUUCAUGUCUCUCAAUUUUACUUCUCAACAUUAGUGAAUGAAGUAUCUUAUUUAUUUAUUUUUUAUUUCAUUUGAAUGAAGUGUUAAACUUUAUGUACUUUUGUCUAAGUUCAUCUCAAGCAAGGAAUAUAAGUGUCAUUGGCUUAAAAAAUUUAUGAGCAAGCUUAUUAUGCUUUUAGUUUUUUAGGUUCAUUUUCUCCUACAUUUGAAUGGUUUGGUUGCAUUUAUGUUGUGAUCACUCUUCUACAUUUUCUAAAUGCAUUUUUUUUGUUACUAUUAGAAUUCAUACAAUUUGCAACAUUUUGGCAUUAAAGUGAUCUUUGUAAUAUCUCAAUAAUUUCAUCAUUCUUUGAAUGAGUAGAGAAUUAUAGUCUAAUUAUCAUUAAAAGGGUUGAUAAUAUUGCAUCAAGAAUAAUCAUACAUUACUCAUGAGUUUCAUAACAUGGUCACCAAGCCAUACAUGGCAACCAACAAUGACAACAGAUACAACUACAACAAGUUAUUGGUUGAAUGUGAGAUUCUUCAUUUGUGCACUAUGGCUUUUGAUUUCAAUGACACUAGGAUCUUAUUUAAUUUUCAAGUAUGAAGGAUUCAAUAAACAAAGGGGAGAAAAUCAUGAAGAAAUAGAUGGAUUGUUGUAUGAAGAUGAAGCUUGGAAUACAUGUCUUGAAGGAAUUGAUCCAUCUUGGCUUCUUAUUUAUAGAAUAAUUUCUUUUAUUGUUCUUUUGGCUUUGAUCAUUGCUAAUGUGGCUGCUGAAGGAACUGGCAUAUUUUACUACUAUACUCAAUUGACAUUUACUCUGGUCACAAUUUACUUUGGGCUUGGAUCCUGUUUUUCAAUAUAUGGAUGUUUAUUGAAAGACAAUGAAUUUGGUGACAGAACAAUUAAUGAUGCUUCUUUAGAUAUUCCUGAACUGCCUAAGAGUCCUGAUCAGGAAUUCCAUACCAGAGAAAUUGCUGGUGUAUGGGGUUACAUUUUUCAAAUAAUUUAUCAGACUUGUGCAGGUGCUGUAAUACUCACUGACAUUGUAUUCUGGUUCAUCCUUUAUCCAGUGAGAACAUCCAAUCAUUACAGUCUUGAUUUUUUGAUUUUUUGCAUGCACACCAUGAAUGUUGUUUUCCUCCUUGGUGAUACAUCAUUGAAUUGCAUGAGAUUUCCGGUGUUUCGAUUCGCAUAUUUUAUCUUGUGGACAGCUGCAUUUGUGAUUAUUCAGUGGAUAAUCCAUGUUUUUGUUUCAAUUUGGUGGCCUUACCCUUUCCUUGACUUAUCAAAUUCACAUGCACCCUUAUGGUACUUGGUAGUGGCUCUCAUGCAUUUCCCAUGCUACGGCUUAUUUGUUUUGAUAGUAAAGUUGAAGCAUUUUCUGUUAUCUAGAUCAUUUCCUGGAUCAUCUAGAAAUGUACAUUGAUAACACAUUCCAAAAAUAUCAAUAUCUUUGAAUGAGUGUUUUAUACUUUAGCUAGCAUAAGUAACAGAAGCAUUUUGAAAUUUAGAUUUAGAGUAUAGCUUAUAGCUUAUGUACACAUAUUCAUCUUUUCCAUGUCUCUUGUUGCAUGUCCUCAACUCUUUCAGAACUACAAGCCUUUAGAAGAAUGCAUUAAGUAAGCCUAAUAUCAAAUAUUUUGACCUAUCGAUCUCGACCAUUGAUUUGAAAAAGACGCAUUAUAAUAAUCCCUUUAGUAUGUAGUAGUAUUAUGUAGUAGUCAAUCUCGAUCAUUAAUUUGAGGUCAUGAUACUUCAUACACAUACACAAAAACAAUCUCAAGCUUAGUUUAGAUCGGACGGUUGUAUGGAAUUUGUUUCUUGUUUAUUAUGUAUAUAUGUAUCAAAUUAUCUUUGUACGAGAAAUUCAUAAUCAAUUUUAUGUAUGAAGUUUAGUUAUAUUAA